AUGUCUCGAAUCACCCAGCAUCUCGAGAGGCCAAGAUCCUUCGACUCUUGCGCCUCCCCCGGCGGCAGCCCGGGUGUCGGCAGAACCAUCGUGCUCGGAAACACAAACGUCCUCCCAACACCAUCCGCCGACCCCCCUGCUGGGCCGCCCCUGGAAUCCAACCCACGGCCCCUCCUCCUCUUGCUCGACCGCUUCCACAGAAACGCGAGUCCCGCCACAAUCGCCGCCGCCAGCGGCAGCCCGACUCCGAGGCCCACCCCGAGCCCGACAGUCGGCGACGCCCCGCCUCCCCCACCAUCACUCCCGAUCCCGCCGCCAAUCCCGCCCGCGCUACCCGUAGCGGAACUCCCCUCGGCCGUUUGGGCGGAUACCAGCACUAUCGAAGUGAACAGCGCCGUCGGGGUCGACGAUGCCGCGGCCGUUGUGGUGUCUGGGGUGGUGUUCGCGCAGGUGUACUCGAGCUUCAGGUCCUUGCCGUCCGUACAGGAGUUCUGCACAGAGAGCGUCAUAUUGGCUUGUUGGUCCGCAGGGCAGUCCUUCAUGCAGCACUCAAAGUCGCUCAGCAGAGAGGAGCCCGCGCAGGCGCAUUUCGUCUUGCACGAGUCGGUCAUGUACACCAGGAACUGCGAGAAACAAUGA